CCUAAUUGUUUGUACAAUGCAGCACGAGCAUAUGCGGUUGUAAUAUUACCUUAUUUCUUGUAUGUAGACAAAGCAUGUACUCACUCUAUGUCCGAUACCUUGUUGCCAUACCACAGAGCACAGCACAGCACUUGAAUAUUACAACCCCCAUUGCCUCUGCAUAUCAUCAUCUUCUCUGCCAAUACCCGUCCUCCAUUCUCCUCCGUCUUCAUUUAUAGCCCCUACCCAAUUACUUGUUGGAACAUACCUACUGUACCGUACGAUUACACUUCAACCUCCUCCCACCCCAAUAUCAGAAUAGAAGCAGCAAGCCAUGAGCUCUCGUCCAGGCUCUCGUUCGGGCUCCAGUGGACCCGAUCAGCCCGUCGUCGACCUCUCACUAAUCGGACGAUGGGAUCCAAAAGACGGCACCAACACGGCCGAUGUUACGCCGCCGCAGCAGCAGCACUCGUUGAGGAUCCCCUUCCUGCACCUCCAGCCGUUGGUGCUCCAGUCCACGCUCGCACCGUAUGAUGAUGGCAGCCCGGAGGAUCCGCUGCCUAAUCUCAUGCCACCACUUACGUUCGACGAGAUGGAUCUUUCUUCCGUCGAGGGCUUCGGGGGCGUCAGGCUGGGUGAGGUUGAGGUUGAAGAUUCCAGCCGACAAGACAAGACCAUCAGUGCAGACGAGCAGCAGGAGGAAGCUUCAUCAAUAGUGUCCAGUCCAUUUCCCGAGCGGGGCCGCUGGCUACCAAGGGACCAUGCAGCGUCGACCUCGCCAGAGCCCGGAGUGGCGCCUUUUGCGAUGGCCGGGAGGAGAUGCGUCAGUUAUACCAGGACCUAUGACGGUGUGAUGCAGCGCGUUCCACUGGGUGCCCAUGAGUGGGACCGCAUCCAGAAGUGUGCCGAGAGGAUUCAGAGGGUUGAGACCCCCGUUGCCACGAGAGAUAGAGCGGCCAAUGUGGCUUUCACCCCGAGGGUCGAUAGUAGAGGGAGGAUAAUCUCCUCGGGAUCGUACAACAGUAUCAGGAGCGUGUCGCCUCUAACCGCCCAUCUGGCUCAGCGGCUUCAGCAUGGUGAUAUUGAUCACUCGGUGGACGAGGAGGAGAUGGCAGAGCUGCUGCCUCACGGACACGAUGGCCCUGGAGAGUUCAGAGACAAAGUUAGGGGGAAGCUUCGCGGAGUCAGGCAUGUGAUGUUUUCUGAAGAUCGACAUUCUGAGUCGGAGUCGGAGGAUAAGAACGCUGAAGACGACGAGAUUACGAUCGCCGUGGAGGACAAUUCCCUCGUUGUGUGUUUCCUUCAACACGUCCGUCCAGAUCCAGUGGUUAUCGAGAUACUGCUCAAGGUCAGGCCCAUCCUGCUCGGGCAGAACAAGAACUACCAUACCUUCAUCUUUUCCGGCCUUCCUUACUGUAGGAACCCGGCCUUUUUCGACUUCAGGGUCGACAGAGAUGACGAGGAGUGGGUCUUCGAUGCGGGCGAUCACGACCAGACGGCUACGUUCGAACCUCUCGUUCUCGAUGAGCCAAACAGGCUUCGUGGACAACUACAUCUCCGGGAUGCAACGCCUACCCAGCGCAGCAUCAUCAUGCGGGCACAACGAGUUCCUUCCCAUGUCGAGAUUUACGGGCAUAAGAUUCGAAGCAAAACCAACGCUCUGUUCUCGUGGACUCCGGAUGGGCAUGUCGUGGCGGAGUUCGAGAUAAAGGUUUACUUGAUUGAUGUCGAUGUUGCGGACAAUGUGGCGCGAAACAUGAUAAACCUGAUACUCGUGAACGGCGUCGAUGAUCCCAAAGAAAUCACAGUAAACUCCGCCUCUGGUCGCCGCGAGAAAUUCUCUCUGGAAGGUCCGGUGAUGAAGGAUGGCGAGGAAUUGCAGAGUGCUCGGCUUCUGCAGGUCUCGAGGCUUGUGCGGGACUCCCGAGAUUCAAUGACGAUCAGCUUCCGCAAGGUUCAGGAAUCUUUUCCCUGCUAUUUUCACAUUCCCCUGGUUGAAACCGGCAGUCACCGCGAUAUAUUGGAGCAGAUAGUGGUGAUUCAUGAGCCACGUCUACCGCUGACCCUAGCCUUCACUCCGGAUCUGUCGUUCUGGCGCGAUCUGGGUGAAGAGAAGGAUCUACUGGGUUCGAGGAAGAUAACUAGAAUAGUUGACAGCUCGGCAAUCGAAUAUCCCAGGGUCUGGGUGAAUUCGCUGGAACCCGUCUGUUCAACCGCCAUUGCCGUUCUCGGCAAGUUCAGAAACCUUGGGUUCGUCGAUAAAUUGACGUACCAGAUCGAGGAGCACUCGCCGGCGCUCUGGAGCGCACGCAAUCCAAUUUCUCUCCACUUGCGAAUGUCAUUUGAAAUUGAGGGCCCGGUGAAGAAUGGAGCGGAAUUGUCGAGGGUGCACAGAGGGUUAUUUCAGGUUGAGUUCAUCACCAUCAAUGGCGCCCCGGCUAAGAUGGCAUUCAUGGACGAGGAUGAGCUGGUCAUCCUUAAUCACGGGCAUGAGUACGAGACGGUGCCGAUGAAGUUCAGCGUUUACUGGGUAUCCAUGCAACCGCAUACCACCGACACGAUUGGCGGGGGCAAGAUGCUGGAAUUCCAACUACCGCGCAUCCACGAAAAGUUGGUGGGUCGAGCGGUCUGCAAGUAUCCGCAUGGACCAGCCCAAAUAACCUCAAGGUCACACCUCCUGGAUACACCCCCGCCAGACGCUGGGCCCUGGACCGUGGUUUUCACCAACGGAAAGGCUACCCUGUCAGGAUUACAGACUUUUAGCAGCCGCAUGUACCUUCAGAUUCCGGCAGAGUCGUCCCGGUGGCCGCCGAAGUCCCGGGCCGGAAGCAUCAUCGCCGACGCUGACUCGUUGGCCGAAGGGCUCGUAUUUAGGAACUCGGCACACGACGAAGCGUCUUCACUUGAUGGCCCGGCUUCCACCACGCGCUUGCCAUCCCCUGAUCCAUCUCCAUUUUCUUUCGAUGGAGCCUACAGCCCACCGUCAACCUUGCGGCACCUCUCGACAGAUUUCGGCCCAAACCCAUUCGCAGUGGCCGUGGAACACAAGGACCAAGGCUCCUCCGACGGCCCCACUCCGCAGGAAGAAGCAAUGGGGUGUCUCCGUAGAGUCUUCCUCUUGCUUUUGAUUGCCGUGACGUUUCUCGGUUGCUACUACUGCUAUAUGGACCUGGGAGGACAGUCGUUCUGGGCGCCGCAGUCGCGAUUCCACCCGUACCAGGCCACGGCGAGAUCGUCGUACGAACGCCUGGAGAACUUGCUGAUGGAGGGGUACGCGGAUAUCCUGCAUGACGAGGCACCACCACCAACGCAGGAUCACUGGAGAGGCAUUUAUACGCCGGAGCCGCUCUCCGUCGUGCCUGCCACUCCGGAUGCGGAUGAACCCGCGAUAGAGUCGGGGAGUCCGACUGAGAAGGAGAAGGAGGAGGAGCAGGAGGAGGAGGAGGAGGAGCAGGGGAACCACGGGGUGUGGGAUUGUAUCGACACGGCUUUGUGGCGCUUAACUUUUGGACGGUGGCAAGGACUUUGUGGGCGCGUUUGA